AUGAAGAACAACAACGGUUCGAAAUCCAAUGGCUCCUCACCUGCGGUUUCUCCCAAACCCAGAACCCGUCAAGUGAGUUCCCGGUUCCUGUCCAAGUCUCUCAAUGGUCCUCCUGAAUCCGGUUCAGCUUCUUCCUCUCCAAGGAGAAGAAGCUCUGUCACCCUCGCCGAUCAAAUCGGCAGGGAAAGGAUCAGGGACAGGGAGGAUCACCACCUUCAUCAUCCCCACCACCAUCGUCAUCAGAAUCAGAAGCCUCUCAACACAACACCACCACCAACACCGGCAACAACCUCCUCUGUUUUGAGAAAACAGAGAAGCUGCAGGGAGUCCAACAAUUCCGAGAACCAUUCCAAGGAAAAUGAUCGACCCAUUAUUGGAAGAUCAGGGAGGUUCACUUUGCCAGCAAAAUCAUCUUCAUCGGCGAAGAAACCAAGUGUUGGCAAUUCCGGCGGUGAUUCUCCGGGAAGGGUGUCUCUGGAGAAGAAUGCUGCUAUUUCUUCAGAUGAUUCAUUGAUGAUGAGGAAGGUGAUCACUCAGAGGACGUUGAGUAGGACCAAUUCACCACUCAAUUCGCCGCUGAAUUCACCGCUCACUAGGCAAUUGAGUUUUUCCAAGUCUCAGUGGGCCUUGUCCCCUGGUAGGUCAAGGCCAUCUCCAAUGUCAGUGGAAAGCAAGGGAAAGUCCUUGUCUGUUUCGAGCUUGAAGCCUUCUAACAUGGGCAUUGAGAAGAUUAUCAACAAGGGCUUUGACUUCUUCAGGUCCAAGAAAUCUUCAAAUGCUGCUUCCUCCUCCUCUGAGGAUGCUCAUCAGCUUCGUUUGCUUCAUAACCGGUUGCUCCAGUGGCGGUAUGUGAAUGCUAGGGCUGAAGCUGUGAAUGCUAGCAUAACCCGUCAGGCAGAGGUAUGA